AUCAAAAUGGCAAAUAUCGAUACAUUAAACACCCUCGACAUCGAAGGCUGGCCUUCGUCUCUCUUCCCCAAUGACCUCGGAUGGGAUCAACUACUCAAAGACAUACCCAUUGAAACCGACCUGACAACUCCAUCUAAGCCCUGCAAAUGCUUCCCCCUCGCCAUCCAGAUCAUCGAACAGCUAGAUCACUACGAAAAAGAUCAUACCACGAAAACCGGCGAUACCGCGCUUGGCAUCGCGAGAGAAGCAGUCCAAUCAUGCGGCCACUUCGCCGGCUGUGCCUCUUCUAUAUGUCACCGUCGAAACGGGAUGCUGUUUAUUGCUAUUUUCCAACAACUGGAUGCGCAUUACACAGGCGUGAGUAGACGGUUACUCUCGAAAGGGGGAGAUGGAGACGUUGAAGUCGAGGUGGAAGUCGGGAUUGGGUCAUUCCAUGUGAAAACGGGGUUAUCGUCAGCGAUUGGGAAAGCGAUCGUCACGACGGAGAUGAUGAGCGCGGCGAGUUGUGCGUUGCAAUUGUCGAGGAUGUUUUCAUCUGAUGAGGAGGGGGUCAAGUGUCAGCGGGAAUUACUCGUUUCGGUAUCGACGAGUCUAUAUCAGUGUGCGAUGGAGUUUUGUAAUUCGACUUUUGCUAUUCAUUUAUGAUGUGAUGAUAUGAUGUUAUCUAGUGAAUUGGGUUUUGAUGUGAUUUAUCAAUGCUUUUAAUCCGCCAUUUUCAGGUGUAUUUAUCAGAGACUCGCAUACGCGCUGUGCUCGCUUCGUCUCGCAAUCGAGAACAGCUUGGAGAAUGCCCGGUCCGCAUGAUUCUUCGUGGAAUUCGAGACUUCCGAUUCUGAUACUCACUGAGGAGGAUAUAUUUGUAUCGGUUAUUUUUGAUAUACUCUCGUAGCAUGCAAGUAUGCGCUGUAGAAUGGUGACGCAGAGCAUUGACAGGACUGAGCUUGAGCACGAAGGGCAUUUCGUGGCUGUUUCGCAGAAUGCCAGACUGCUGUGUGUGCUGGAAAGGAGUAGAUCGAAGUCGAAGUGUGUUUGUAAGUUUUCCAAUUGGGAUAGAGUUGAUAGAGCGGUGUUGAGGCAGGGGCAUG